AUGCCCGAUGGCUCGACACAGAUGACUAGGGUGGGGAAACGACAAAGCAAAGGACGAUCUAGACUAGGGUGUCUCACGUGUAGGGCAAAGCAUGUCAAGUGUGAUGAGCGCCUACCCAUUUGCCGGCGGUGCGAGCGGCUGAAUCUCAGCUGCAGUCCAUAUUGGACUCACGAGGCAGCCUCGUCUUCCAGGAGAUCAUCCUCAACGUCUUCUUCACCUCGGAUGCCGCAGCCGAGAAGGCGCCCUGUAGCUCAUGAGGAUAGAUCACCGGUCCAGGACUUCAAUCUCCCGAGCAACAGCCAGGAUCCACCAAGCUGGGCUGUCUUGGAUGAUCUAUCUAGCGAUACCAUAUCGUCUCAGUUCCAACGCGACGAUGUGCAAAGCUCAUCUCUCGCGACCAGUAUGGCACAGGCCUCCGCAUGGGCUCAUUCCCCAGAAUCAUCAGCUCUAGGAACUACACCCUUUUCAGGCAAUGGAGGAGCCAUGGAUUGCAUCAUGACGCACUUAUCACCAGGAUCGCUGCCCCUUGUUAACCACAUUGGUUCGUCCCAGACCGAAAUUAUGGGCCACGGCUGCCUCACUCUUGGCCAUGAGGAAUAUAAGGCUCUGGGACACUAUCAGAAUGGAUUCUGCUUGGUACAUACCUCCAAGGCCGCGGCGUGGUCUUUCCCUGUGCUUCUGCUACAGAAAGUCUCUUACAGCGCCAUCGCUUUGCGCUACGCAGUGGCUGUCGCGCUUCAGGACCUCGAUGCGCGACGCCAUACCGAGGGCCUUACUCUUAGUGGACAAGAGUCAGCGCUGGCGUUUUCGCACUUCACUCGGGCAUCGUCGGCAUUCCGAGAAGCCAUACGGCAACCAGCCAAGCCUGUCGACCACGUUGAGACCCUCGCUACACUCUACUUCCACUACGUCUACCUCACGCACCAACGCGCGGUUGAUAAGGAAGAGCUGCAUAAGCUCAGCCAGGCCGUCGUGCGCUACCUCCAACGUUCAUCGAUAGGGGAUGUGUUGACCAGAUCGGCGACGGAGUCAGUUGCGACAAUGACCCCUUCCAUGCGUAGCUUCCUGUGUCGCCUGCUUCUAUGGGUUUACAGAGAGGAUGUCUAUGCGAUGGGGUAUCGCUGCGCUGGUGAAGUCGCGCGAUACAUGUCGGGCCGUCCAAAACUUCUCCGACGACUAUGCGUGGUCUCACGGCCAGUAUUGCAGCUGAACUGGGGUACUUUGUAUCCAACUGAGCAGCGUCUGGACGACGUUUUCUCGGCUCAGCAUCUGGAUAUGCUAGUUCGAAUGAUCCAACUUCAGUUCCAGAUUACAGAGUUCGGGUGGUCAACAAUGGACUCAGUCAUGUCAGAUGAAUCUUCAGGCACACAAAGACCAGAAGUGCGAAACGCGCAGAUAGAGGAAAAGCUAAAUCUUAUAGAGACGGAAUUUUCUGCUACGUUCCAGAUGAUCACGAUGCCUGAUGAUAACCAUGUAGCCUCGGCAUGCGAUCUUGUUGAAAGCGCUGCCGUAUUCGUGACCAUCUACUACGCGUGGAAAAUGAUCUAUUACCGAUGCGCAGGCAUGCCCGAAGAUAGGAUCCAAGACGUCUUAGCCAUGCUUAUGCAGGCGGCCCAGCAUACCAUACGUAAGGUCCAUCUUAAAGACCUGCGAAGGGCACUUCUGGCGGCUGUGAUUGAGACCAAGAAUCCGAUUCACAAGGACUGGAUCAUGAGCAAGCUCGGGCCGCAAUGGAGAUUGGUGCUCGAACAUGCGCUAGAUAGGCACUCUCGGUUGGGGCAGCACAUCAGUAUCUGGACACUCUAUGAGCUGGCCUCGGAUACCAGCGGCAUUUGGUGA